AUGGCAACGACUUCUUUGAAAGAUAGCGGGAUUCACAUAGUCGUAUACGAUGAACGCGAUAAGUUUCUUCCACUUAUACGAAAAGCAAUAGUCGAACCGAUGAUAUCAUUCAAUCAUUUAGCAUCUUGUAUGACUUAUAUUGAUGAAAUUACAAGGGCAAAUGAAGCAACAGUUAUCAUCACAACAUCAACAGAUGAUCGCGUCUUGAAAACCUUCCAAAGUUCAAAUCUAAUCGAAGCUGUUUAUAUAUCAUCAACAACGAAUAAACCGAUAGACAAAUCCCUUACAAAAGUCAUCGGUGUUUAUUCUCGAGUCAACGAUAUGUUACCAUCACUAUUCGAAACACUUGAUAGCAUCGAAUUUGAAUUGAAUGGGAAUAGCAUUCUGUUCCAUAAUAAUGAUGACGGUAGUGAUAAUUUAGAUUUCUAUUUCUAUCAACUUUGGUUCACACAUAAUUUAACGCAAAAAUUAACGAAAGCUGAUCUUACUGAACAAGCCAAUCUUUUCUAUCAUCCAAAUAAACAAAUGAAAGCUGUCAUUCAUGAAUUCAACGCUUCGUAUGACAAGUCCGAUGCGUUACGAUGGAUCGAUAAAUACAAUCAUCCAUUUCCAUAUUAUAUGCUCAUAUCCAAUGCUCUUCGAACACAUGAUCAACAUGUUUUAGGAUUAGUUCGAUUUUUUAUUAGUGAUAUGACUCGACACUUCAAACUUUUGUCAUCACUACACAUUACUACUCAAGCAUAUUAUGGUACGAAGUUACCUAUCUCCAUAGUCGAUCGACUCGAGCAUCAAACAGCAAGAGAAAUUAUUGCUUUUCAAUGUUUUCUUCCCGCAACGAAAUCACGAGCGAAUGCGUUAGCAGCCGCAGUCAAACCGACUCGGCGUCGCAAAAUGGUUAGUGUCUUGUUCAAAAUUGAUGCCGGUAACGCUUAUGGUGUUCAUAUGAGCGAUAUUACUCUUCUUGAUAUGGCCACACCAUUCCAUGUCAUCAAUGUUUCCAGAUGUGCUGGCUUUAAUAAUGGCCAGCAGAUAGUUACAAUUGUUCAGUUGGUUGCACUUGAUCAGGUGUAUAAAGGACAACUAUACGAAGGAUUUAUACAAAAACAGAAAAAAGCAGGUCGGACGAUCGAAGAUUUUCUUCUUGAAACAGUUCCUCUUCUCAAAGCAAAUGAAAGUGCAGGAAAGUCAAGAGGAUCACAAAAAAGUUCGUAUAUGCAAAAUAUUUCAGAGAAUGAAGCUAGAGCAGAUGAAUAUAUAUCUCGCGGAGAAUGGAAUCAAGCCAUCGAAGCAAUGUCGCAGAUUGAAGAUCCAAGCGUUCGUGUUUUGAACAAAGCCGGAUGUAUAUUACGUGAAUAUUUAAAUAACUUACCAGCUGCACUUGAUUGUCAUGAACGUGCAUUACGUCAGGCGACAAAUCAAGAGCAAGCAGAUACACUUGUUUAUCUUGGGACUGUUUACAAUGAUAUGAGACAGUUUGACGAAGGAAUGAAAUGUUAUUCGCAAGCACUGCACAUCUACGAAAAUCAAAAUCCGCAAGAUCCAGCAGCCAUUGCUCGAUGUCUUGUUGGUCUUGGCAAUUCACAUUGGGCAUGCAAACAACUUGAUGAAGCACUUGAUUGUGCUCAACGUGCUCUUGCUCUUCGUGAAAAAGAAGUGAAACCAAGAAACGAUUUCGAUAUCGCUGGUUGUCUCGGUAAUAUGGGAAAUAUAUUGCAUGAUAAAGGCGAUAUGAAACAAGCAUUAGCAUGCGCUAAACGUGCUGUUGAUCUGUUAAAUCAAUGUGGAAAGGGCGAUCCCCGUUUAGCUGCAGCAUUGAAUAAUUUAGGUGCGAUGUAUCAAGUUUGCGGAGAUUAUCCAAAAGCACGUGAAAACUUUCAACGUGCACUCGAUGCACUACCAAUUGAAAAUCAUCCAUAUCGAAUCAGUACAUUGAACAAUAUUGCUCGAUUGAAUGCGAUCGAGAAAAACCAACAGUCAUAA